UUAAAACACGGCAUAAUUAAAGAGAGUAAAAUUACGGGUGCUUUGUUUAGUCAACUGUAAAAUAUUAAACAUUAAAUGAUAAAUAUUAGAUGAAGAAUUUUUAUUUUUCGUUUCGAGUAAGACGAUAUAUCUUCGAAAUGCGCGCGCUUAAGAAAAGCUUACAGCGCCAACGAUAAUGCGCGAUUUUCAAACAUAAUCGAUAUUUUUUCUGAUCGAUCGAUAGUAUUGAAGUAUAAUUACGUAUGUGAUAGCAUCAGAUUUUAUUAGCGAGGAGCCAAGAAGAAAUAUUAUCCAAAAGUUUUCAGGUAAAGAUUAUACGAUCAGUAUAUUUCUUAUAUUUAUUUUUGAAUUGCGGAAUACGUCUACCAUCCAGACCAUUGAGUAUUAUUUAAGCCAGUUACAUGUGAUGUAUGAUAUAAUCCAAUCUUGGUUAUAAAUGAAUAGAUUAUAAAUUUUCGUACGUUUAAAUAUAAUGACUCGCGGAAGUAUUUUGAACAAUUGGAAUAGUAAAAUGUUAUAUUUAUAACUGUGAUAUCUGAUCAUACUGAUAAAAUUUUGAAAUAAUUUGAAAAUUUUAUCAAUAUGAUUACGUAUACAUUCGCAAAUCGGUGUAAUAUUUAACUGUGGUUAUAAUAUUUAGUAUAGUUGUAUAGUAUGCUACAAACGUAGAAUCACAGGUUAUGUUAAAUCGUAUUUAACAAUUAGCAUAGUCAUGAUUAUAGUAACUUAUAUGUUUAUAAUAACUACUCUGAAUAAUCUAAAAAGUUUAUGGUAUAUUAUUAUGUUGUAAUUGCAUUCCAUGUUAAAGGACCGUAAUUUUUUAAUUACAUAUAUGUAUUGUAUAUUUAUCAAUUCUAUCUCAUUAAGUUAAGUUAGCGUGUAUAUGCAAACAUAGAUAUGUAUAAAUGUAUACAACUUAAAUAUUUUUAUUGGAUAUCAUUGGAUAUUUACUUUUCCAUAGAUCAGCAAAAUUUGAUUCGUGCUUGCUCGAGCCCUCAUCCCAUCAGAUUAAUUCACGACGAAAAUCUGUUGCAAGGGAGGUAAUCUGGUGCUUUAAAGCUAUGCAGAUAAAGGUAAGAAUUCAGAUAUUCUAUUUCAAUUAAUUUUAUUCUUUAUAUCUCGCUUUAAUCAUUAGUAAUUAAAAAAUAAAAUCCGAUUUUAUGCUUUUCUAAUUAAAUAUUACAACUUUCUUACAAUAAUUUUUUAAUGCUUGAUACAAUUUUCAUCUCUUUUAUCAUGAAAGUUCUAAGAUUUCAUGCAAAGUUCUAAGUUUCAUAUUUUAUUAUUUAAAAUUUUAAAAUUUUUUUUUAAACAAUUGUUACUGUUUUUCUCAAUUGAGAAUAAAUUAUAACUGAUAUUUUGUUAAAGGUUUUUCAUUCCUUCCUUCUCUUCGUAUUCCUUGGGAAAGACCUAGUGAUGUUUCAACAGCCAGAAACGUAAGUAACUUUAUAGUUUGCAUUUUACUUGAGAUCAAUUAUAUGUUGUGCUUUACAAAUAGAAUCUGAAUGAAAACGCAACGAGUUUAAACUUUUCGUUUUCGAAUUAAGUAUUAUUUAUUACUAAACUUUUAUAUUUAUUAGAGGUCAAUUUUUUUAUUAUUUCAAACAUUUAAAAUAAUUAACAUUAUAUUUAUGUACAAAUUACAAUACUCUGUGUUUUAAUUUAACAAAUUUAAUUUUCUUCCAGUCCCACGAUAUUCGACGAUUCCUAUUUAAUGAUGGACGAUGACUUCUCUUGAACCACAUUGAUAAUAAUGCUCGUCGCAUCUAAAUGG